GCGUACAAUAAGAAUUAACGAGAACCAGGUGUUGAUGUUGGCGGAGAAGGCUCGCCACGAUCAUAACUAUUCGGGUUACCUGUACAAGCGUUCCUCAGACUCCAACAAGUGGCAGCUCAGGUGGUUCACGCUCUACCAGAACCUGCUCUUCUACUCUGAGGGGCGAGGCAAGUGUGAAGCCCUCAGGAGUGAUCAUGCUGGAGGGCUGCUACUGUGAGCGGCUCAUCACCACCAACACUAAUACAAAGAACAAGGACACAGACAAGCAGUUCUGCUUCGCCAUCACGUAUCGUCGGGAGAACCAGCGGCAGUAUGACCUGCGGGCGGAGACGGAGGGCGAGUGCAAGGCCUGGAUAGACAUGAUCCGGAUGGCCUCCUUCAACAAGCUCCUUCUGCAGAAGGAGGAGCUGGAGCAGAAGCAUCUCCACCUGCUGCAGAUCGUGGAGAGCGAGAAGACGGCCAAGUGGCAGUAUACUCAGCAGUGUGAGGAGCUGACGUCAGAGAUCAAGAAGCUGCGUGCUGAGCUCUGCACGUUGAAGAAGGAGUGGCGGGUGGUUCCCCCUCGUAAGCUGGAGGACCUGCCGGAAGACUCAGAAGAGAUCAAGAAGAUUAAGAAGGUGCAGAGUUUCUUCCGAGGGUGGCUCUGUCGCCGGCGGUGGAAGCAAAUCGUGGAGGAGUACAUCAGGUCACCCCACGCCGAGAGUAUGAGGAAGAGGAACAGCUUGGUGUUCCGCAUGGUGGAGGCGGAGGAGGAGUACGUGGAGCAACUCAACCUGCUCGUCUCCUGCUUCCUGAGGCCGUUCAAGAUGGCGGCGUCGAGCAAGAAGCCCCCGAGCACCCACGAGGACGUCAACAGCAUCUUCCUGAACUCGGAGACUCUGCUUUUCCUGCACCAGAUCUUCCUGAAGGGGCUCUCCGCCAGGAUGGAGAGCUGGCCCACUCUGGUGCUGGGAGACUUGUUCGACAUGCUGCUGCCAAUGCUGAGCAUCUACCAGGAAUACGUGAGGAACCAUCACUACAGCCUGCAGGUGCUCGCCGAGUGCAAGCAGAACCCACACUUCAGCGCCUUCCUCAACCGCCUGGAGAACAAACCCAACCUGCAGGGCCGCACGCUGGAGACGUUCCUCACCUACCCGAUGCACCAGAUCCCACGUUACAUCAUCACGCUGCACGAGCUGUUGGCGCACACACCGCACAACCACGUCGAAAGGAAGAGCCUCGACAGCGCCAGGAUGCAGCUGGAGGACCUCUCGCGGCAGAUGCACGACGAGGUGAGCGAGACAGAGAACAUCCGGAAGAACCUGGCCAUCGAGCGCAUGAUCGUGGAGGGCUGCGACAUCCUGCUGGACGUCAACCAGAUGUUUGUGCGUCAGGGGUCGCUGAUACAAGUUCUGGGGGACAGACCUCGUUCGGCCAAAAGUCGUCUUAGCCAGUUCAAGAGCGAGAAAGAGGCGGUCCGGCAGUGCUUCCUCUUUAGCAACCACCUCAUAGUGGCGACCAGAACGUCCGGGGGCAAGCUCCACCUGGUACAGAGCGUGGGCAAGAUUCCCCUCAACGACGCAACGCUCAUCGAGGACCCCAAUGAGCUCGGCAACCCGGACGACGAUGGAGAGUCGUCCGUGUCGUCGUUCUCGUCGCAGAGCAGCGGGGUCAGUGACAGCUCGGCCGCCACCAGCAGCAGCUCUGGCCACGCUAAGUUUCAGGUGGAGCAAGCCAACCUGGACUUCAAGAUCGUGGUGGAGCAGAAAUGUGGCACGCCCAUCACCCUCCACCUGGUCGCCCCCACCAUGCAGGAGAAACAGGCGUGGAUCAGCGAUAUCAGCCAGUGCCUGGAUAACGUGCACUUCAACAACCUGUUCAGAUCGUCCAUGUCAGACACUUCGUCCAUCACCAUGCCUCACUUCAUCAAGAACGACCCCAAACUCUUUCGCGACGACGUAGACAUACGCUUCUCACGCACCCUCAACUCCUGCAAGGUCCCUCACAUCCGCUAUGCCACCCCCGAGAGACUCCUGGAGCGCCUCACUGACCUUCGCUUCCUCUCCAUCGACUUCCUCAACACGUUCCUGCUCACGUACCGGGUCUUCACGGACGGUAUCUCGGUGCUCGAGGCCCUCAAGAAAGUUUAUUACAGCCCAGACGUGCACGACCAAAUGGCCGACUCCAGGGAUUCCUCUGUGGAAAGGUCACCAGAGUACGUCUCAUCGCCGCCCCCAGAUCUGGACAGCGGCCGUAAUUCACCACGACGUGUGUCCAACUUCAGCGCCUUCUCCGGCUUCGAGGUGGACCAGCCCAGGGAACGCUGCUGGACCUUCGACGCGCAGGUGGCCAAGGCGUCCGGGAACCAGCACUGGCGUUGGUCCUACAGGAGAUUCGAGGAGGAGCAGAGGGAGCUGGAGGAGCGACGUGCCCGGGAGGAGGCGAGCGAGUCUGGCGGCCAGAACACAGACAACAACCUGCCCGUGAGUGCACCCAACUCCCCCUUCAGUCCCAAGAAGGUGACCAUCAGGACGGAGGAUGACGCUAAGUUCCUCACCAUUCCCAAGGGUCGCCGCAACGUGGGCUCCACCUCCUCAGCCGACACACUUAUCGGAGAAGAAACGAGCCUGAGUCAACCGGACAGCCCCACCGAUGCCUCCACGAGCACCCUGGUGGGCGGCUCAGGUCUUAUGGGAUUCUCUGAGUGGCGGCUGCCGGGGGAGGGAGAGCGACCAAGCAGAAGCCGCAGAUCCUCCCGCAUCCUGGACGCCAUCACCUCCCCGCCGCGCCCCUGCUCCGUGCCCCGACGCUCCAUCCCGCGCAGAAUGUCUUCCCUGGAAGAGCGGCCACAGAUGGAGGCAGUGACAUCUGGAUCAGAGGCAGAAGACGAGCAGGAACCAGUCAGCCUUGGCCCGCGACGUCCCUCCUCAAACCGGUCCUACAGUAGCGCCCUCACCGCCUCCUCGGGCUUCCUUGGAGUGGGUCCGCGCAGCAAGGGUAAGAGGAUGAGCGGUGAGAGUGACGCGGCCCUCACGCUGGGCGGCCUGGCAUCACCUCGCUCUAGCGUGCACACCGCCACGCCACGCUCCUCUUUCCAGGUGCCUGACUCCCCCUCCCACUCGGUGCCACGGGUAGGCGUCGUCAUCACCUCCUCCAGGCAGUCCCAGCGCAGAAGUAGCAGUGCAUCCGCUGCUGCUGCCUUCGCCGUAGCCACUGCAGGUUCCAGCAAUCCAAGGGACAUCCAGAAGACACCUCCUCUGGGCCGCUUCUCAGUGGGCGGGGAGGGGCGUAGGUCGUCCUUCCGGGAGAGGCCACGGCAGGAGUCCAUCAUCUCCACAGCAGCCACAAUGCGGGUCCUCAACGUCCUUCGCCACUGGGUCUCCAAACACUCGCAAGAUUUUGACAAUGACCAUCGCCUGAGGAACAUGACCAUCGCCUUUCUGGAGGACCUAGUUUGCUGCCCCACGCUGCUGCCAGCCGAGCACAAAGCCGCCUCUCAGCUCUUGAGACUCCUGACCAAAGAGGAGCCACCCAACCCACAAGAGGAGCUGGCUAACCUCCUGGCACCUCCUUCUGCCCCAAGCAAGGAGAGCAUUGAGACCCUGUCAGCACUGGAGGUAGCUGAGCAAAUGACCUACAUUGACCACCAGAUCUUUGUGGCCAUCAGGAGCGAAGAGUUUCUCAAGACAGCCUGGAUGAAGGAGGACAAGCAGCAGAGGGCCCCGUACAUCCUGCUCAUCACACGCCGCUUUAAUGAAAUGUCCCGCUUGGUGGCAUCUGAAGUCAUCCGUGGUGGCACACUGGCCACACGUGUUGCCGUCAUAGAGAAGUGGGUGGCUGUAGCAGAUAUUUGCCGGUGCCUCCACAACUACAAUGGUGUGCUGCAAGUGUGUGCUGCCUUCCAGAACUCAUCAGUGUUCCGCCUUAAGAAGACGUGGGAAAAGGUGUCCAAAACGACUCGACAGACCCUGGAGAAGCUACAGGUGCUGGUGUCCUCUGAUGGGAGGUUCCGCAGCCUUCGUGACGCCCUGCACCGAUGUGAUCCGCCCUGCAUCCCGUACCUGGGCAUGUACCUCACUGACCUCUCUUUCAUUGAGGAAGGCACACCAAACUUUACAGAAGAUGGUCUUCUGAACUUCUCUAAAAUGAGGAUGAUCGCACAUGUCAUCCGUGAGAUUCGUCACUUCCAACAGACGCCGUACAAGAUUGAGCAUAAUGCACGUGUCGCCUCAUACCUGUUGGAUCCAUCACUUCUGUUGAGUGACGACAACCUGUACCGCCUCUCACUGGACCUUGAGCCACGCCGGUCCACCCUGACUCAUGUGACAGUUCCCCUCCUUGCCAAUGUCACAUCAUCUGCGUCAUCCUCCAGCUCCUCCUCCUGACAGCGGCGCCGCACGGUAGGAGACAUCUGGGAUUCUUGUGAAGGAAGGAGUCAUGGCCUAGAACACUGAGAUGAUAGUGUAGCCUGUUACCUGUUGGGAGAGAUGCUUCCCCUUAAGGCCACAGAAGGUGUUUGAUCCUGUUAUGUUUUGGCAUACAAAGAACAGUUAGAGUAAAAUACUAUACUCGUACUUAGAAUUUAUAAGCUAUUGAAUCAUAGGCAGUCCUCCCUAGAAAUCAUUUGCUCCUAUGCUUUAUUAAAAGGAGCAAGCACUGCCUUGCCAAUAACUUUUAUUCUCACUCCACAUUCUCUCAUGCUCUGCCAAAGUGUGUAUAACUUAACCUGUCUUUCACAUAUCAUCUCUCUUCCAUAUAACUUCUACAGGAAUGGAGUACAAUGUUGUGUAUUGAUGUAAAGGUUUAUUUACUCAUACUAGGUAUUCUUCCUGGAAACUUGUGACUGUGUAUAUCUUUAAGAAUAUUUCCUGUAAUCCGAGGAAAUUUUACACCAGCAACUUAGAACUGUAAGGGGUAAUAAUGUUGACUCUAUAAUGGCAUAUAUGAUUUUACUAAUAUUUGCUUAAAUUCAUUGUAAGCCUUUGAAUAAAUGGAGUGGAAGUUUUCUGCAAGUGAGACCUCAAAGGACUAACCUUAAAGCAUGGAUACAUAAUCAUUUUGUGGCUCUAUCCACGAAGAUUUCCAGAAACAUUCUCAUCUCACUUUAGAUUUCUAACAUUUCCAUACACCAGACCACCAUCUCUUGAGCAUGCCAUUGAUGCACUCACUCACAGAACUUCCCUCAGACCCAAACAAGAGACUGUCGGGGUCUGGUCCUCCAUUUAAUACAUCAUGUUUGGAGUAUGUCACGUGAUUUAUAUAUAAGUUUUUAACAUUACCUUUAUCACUUUUAAUACCAUUCAUUAGUCUUUGGUACCGAGGCCCAUCUAAGCUACAUAGGCUUGUCUUCUGUCCUCCUAUUAUCAGUGCCCAAGACUCCAAUGAAUGUUUGUUGAAUAAAUUUUGGAUAUAUUGCCUAUUGGUCCUCAAAACCAAGGCUGCACAAAUGUGAAGAGCACAAUGCAUUAUACCUAUUUCCCAGAUUAUACUUAUAGGUGCAUUUUUUCAGAUAUUCAAUGCAAUACCCCUGUGUGGAUUGAUAAUAAUAAUAAUAAUAAUAAUAAUAAUAAUAAUAAUAAUAAUAAUAAUAAUAAUAAUAGCUACAUUUAGAUUCAUGCUACAUCUUAAUAUUUCUACAUCUUGGAGUUUCAAGUCCAGUUUGCCCACAUCUGUGUAAAAACAAGGAGACAUAGGCUAGUUUUAAGUCAUUUUGAUGUUACUUUCCUAUCCAUGUCCGUCCCAGAUAGUACCAUGCAAAGUUUGACUAGGAUAUGUAUUGCAGUGAAUGUGUGUUGAGCUAUAAGUCUACAGUCAGUACCUGUAGAUCUUGUACCAUUAUACCACUAUGUUAAUGGUAACUCCAAGCUAUGUCAUGUUUUUAGCAAGUCACUUGUCACAACCUCACCUGUGGAAUACCUUCCUAAAGGUUUAUGCCCCCACCUUUUUUCUCAACUGAGGUAGGAAAAUUUAUGAUAAAAAGGAUUAAUGAUAUUCUGAAAGGUGCUUCAGGAAUAAAAUGAAAAGCUACACUAUGCAUUGUGCAAAUGAUAAAUAAAAACUAAAAGAAAUUCAUUGAGUUAAAACAAUACAAGAUAAAGAUCUUAAUGAUUGAAUUUUAAAAAACCUUGCUGGUAAUAUUUAUGUAUCAUGAUGUGGUAUAAAUAUUUAACACAAAUUAUUGACCCAACAAAAACAUUGAUAAAGACCAGGGAGAGCAUAUUUUUUGUACAAGUCACUCUGUGUGUACAGAAGGCAGAUAGUGUGCUGCUCAGUAAUUAAUGUGACAUACACUGAACAUAACUUGAUUAACAGUUACCAUGAACAUCUUAAAGAUACAUCCACAAAUUGGAGAACAUUAAAAUUGAAGUGAGACACCAUAAUGAUGAGUAUGAGUAAUUACUGUUGAUAUUCCAUGAAUGGUAUUAUAAGACAUGAGUUCAGAAUAGUGUCAGAUGGCCCUCAGAGUCCAUGUCUGUCAGUUCCAUGUUGCAAUAAGUGAGUUUGCAUCAGCAUUGAGCCGAGGAUUGGUUGGCCAGGGUGUGGGAGGACCUUGCCCAAGGAGGACUGAUGCUUCCUCUACUCUCUUCUCAGUCUUUCGAUGUUAUGGAUUAAUGAAGUUUAUCAUUGUUGUCAUAGACUUUUGCAAUCCUGCAGUGGUCCUGCUCAGUGGUUCAUGCUUGGCUCCAACAUUUGAUAUAGAUAUUAAUGUUAACGUGUAUACAUCUGUGUUGAGGCCAGUGUGACAUGUGUACACCAUUGCAUGUGAUGAUGUAUACACUUCUGGGUCACCUCAAGCACAAUUAGUUUCUCAAAACAUAUACAUUGUUGCACUGGUCUCUUUUUGUCUGGUGUGAACCAGUGUUGAUAUGACAGUUUGGCUGCAUAAACAGUGUGUGUAGUCAGCAUAUGAGCAGGAGAGUCACAGGCAGGUUGUAGUAUAUGCUGGAUGCAGUACAUAUCUGCUACAUUCUCGUAUCUCAAGAUUGUACAAUAUCCUUGUUAUUGUGUGUUAUCUGUUCUAGAUAUUUCUUAUUUUGAAACUCUUUGCAAUAAAUAUUCUAUCUUUCUGA